AUGGCAAAGAACUGGCAGACGACAAAUAAGACGGCAAAGAGGUGGGACUAUUUUUUGCGGGUAAAACGAACGGUUCCCCCACCUCCUCUAUCUCUAUCCCCUUUGUCUCUGCCCCCCACACCUCUCUCUCCCGCUCGUAUCUCCCUCUCCCUCGCGCGGGCGUACGGGGUGUCCGUCGACGCCGCCUGCCCUGGCAAGAAGGCCGGCGACGCCUGCCCCAUAGCCAAGUGCCGCCCGACCCCGCCUCCCUCGAUCCCGCGCCACCGCGCCACCUCGCCUCCGCCCGCCGGUGCGCGUCGCCACCUCACGGACCCCAGGAGCCCCGCCGCCUGCGCUGCAGCCUGCGCCGCGUCCACCUCCCCACAAGCUCGCCUCCCCACCGUGGAAGCCUCGUCGCCGGUCGCCCCGACCUCGAGAUCCGCCGCCGCCAUGGGAGCCGAGCACGGAGCUCCUCCAGGCCCGGCCCUGAGGGGGGACGGAUUCGAGUUCCUAUCAGAUCUAGUGGCCAGGGAUUUUGCCUUGUUUUCCCCUGCCGGCGAUUGGGGGCGGCGAGUACACGCAAGAAGCCCAUGCGGUGGCAGAUCUGCUGGACAGAGCAGCCGAGUCCAGCAUUGGGAAGGUGGGGGAAGCGCUGCCAGUACUCCAACUAGACCUGAAUGGCGCCUGCCCGUCUCUCGACUUGUCGGCGGCAGAUCAGAGCAGUCAACGAGGCACGACGAGCCGCAGGCCCAUGGCUGGAUAAAGAGGCCAUUUUCAAGGACCCGUUCAGGAGGGGUGACAACCUCCUUGUUAUGUGCGACUGCUACACACCAGAAGGUGUUCCAAUCCCCACCAACAAGAGGCACAAUGCUGCCAAGAUCUUCCACACCCCGAAGGUUGCAGCUGAGGAGACAUGGUACGAAUACCUCCGUCGAUAUUUCAAGUUUUUUGUUGUUGCGGUGUUUCAUAUAAAAGUUGUAGUAGUGCUCUUGUGUCUUAACACACAUACACAUGUGAGAACAUAAUAAGUUGUACAAUAUAGAUUAGUACCACACCGCACUCACUUUGCAUCAGAUGGAAAUGAGUUAGGAAGAUAAGAGUAAAAUUGAUGUCCCUGGAAUUACAGAUUUAUUUAGCAGAUACAAACAGAAAUCG